AAAAGGAGCUCGAGUAAUUGAUAUCGGAUGCGGCACUGGAACUUGGAUUUUGGAUAUGGCAAGACAAUAUCCCAGGUCAUAUUUUAUAGGGGUAGAUAUAUCACCAAUCUUCCCAUCAGAGGGUCUUCCUGUUAAUGUAAAUUUCAUCGAGUGCAAUCUCCUAGAUGGACUUCCAUUUGAAGAUUCGUAUUUCGAUUUUAUCCAUCAAAAAUUUCUUGUUGCAGCAUUUACACAAUCACAAUGGAAAGAAAAAGUUAUCCCCGAAUUUUUAAGGUUAACUCGACCAGUUCAAAAUUUCAUGUUAUCAAAAGGACUUAACAACAAAAUUGGCGAAGUUCUUCCGAGUAUAUUAGAAAGCACAAAUGCAUUUUCAGAAAUAAAAAACCAAAAAAAAUCCAUAACUUUAGGUAAACGGGGUGGUAAAAAUGGAGUAGAGACACUUAAAUUUACUGUGAGAGGUUUGAGCUCAGCCAGAGGCUGGUUGUCAACCUUAGUUAAUUUAACGCCUGAACAUUUUGAUGCUCUUUUAGAAACGUUCUCCCUCGAGGCAGAAAAAUUUGAUACUUUUGUAUAUCAGUAUCGAAUUUGCGGGCGUAAAAACUAG